AAGGAAUACAGCAUUAACAGAGUUAAAAUGCCCCUUUGCAUCUACUCAGAAGGUGACAUGGAGAUCUAUGGAUCUCCCGAUGUUGUUGUCCGCAGGUGUGCACCGGCUAAAUCCCCAUCCUUAUACCGGACUCUUACACCCUCACCACCUCCAUCCCCACCGCUCUCUCCCCCACCUUCUCCAGCGACAAUUUCAACUCCCCCUUUCCACGAGUUUCCCCCUGGUUCAGUUGAGUAUUAUACUGGUCGCUUGAUGGAGUUUGUCCCAGCUCAAGAUCUCAGCCCAACCAGGACUCUUCCAGCAGGGCUCUGGAAUCCUCAACCAGGUCUCUAUACUCCUCCUGUUGGUCUCUGGACUCCUCCACCAUACUCCUCCACCAGUGCUCUUGACACCUCCACAUCGUCCUCCUCAAGCACAACAAAGUGAAGCCGCAAAACUCGUAUGUGUCAAUAAUUUGAGUUGUCUGCGAGUGUUUUCUUUUAACUCUUUUUUUGUGUGUCAAAAACUGUUUUUUACUUUCCUCACUACAAUAGAUACAAACAGUUUAAAAACGUAUGUUGACUAAAGAUUUUGAUAUAUGAGGAGGAGUAUAUGAUAAGUGUACUAAACACUCUUUUUACUGUAUGAAAGAUGGAAGUCAAA